AGCAGUGUCAAAAAGUCCAAUUUUUGACAAUAUUUUCCAUGUAUUAUGCCCCGCCCAUUUUACCGAGCAUUUAUUUGGUCUCUGAGCUGUGAUUGGAUCAAAAUCCCGUCAGUCGUGAUUUGCAGCAAGGUUGGUUGCAGUGUCGCGGUUGUUGAUGUAGCCGUCAGAAGUCAGGCGGCAGCGGCUCAGAGGACAGUUAGCAGGUAACAAUGCAGUUCUUGGGCCGGCUGUUGGACACAGUCUCCUCUGUCUCAACCCUCUUCACCAACCCUUACCGGGUCAGAGAUGUGCCACUGGCUGACUACGGUGGAGGAGGAAAAAUCCUGCUGAAAGACGAGGGACGUAUAGUUCUGUAUAAAAAUGCACAGUACCAGUCAUGGGACUGUGUGCUAAUGUGUCCUGAGACACCGAAUAUGGCUCUGAGGCUGUUUCAGGUGGCAUCAGAGGAGGAUGCCAUGAACUGGUUCCCGCAGUAUGCUCUCAAGCUUCGACCCUUUUAUGAGACACUGCCGUUGAAGGCUGAGACCACCCAGCCUAUCGUGGACUGCAUCCGCAACCACCCAGACUGGAGCUCCGCCCACAUCGCCGUGGACACGGGCCUGCGGGAGUGUCUCAAACACAACUAUGUCCAGAGUCAGAUCAAUGCUCGGGACACGUCAGGUCAGACGCCGCUGCACUUGGCGUGUGAGCGCAGUGACUCUGCGUGUGUGAAGGAGCUGUUGGAGGAAAGCCAGGCUCGCACUGACAUCAGAGAUCGCAACGGAGAGACGCCCAUGCACAGCGCCGCCAAGCAGGAUUCUCCUGCCAUCAUUCAGAUCCUGUGCUCACGGUUGUGCUCCGGGGUGAAUGAGCUGAACAACAACGGGGAGACGCCACUCCACGUGUCCUGCCGCUUGGGCCGAGUGGAGGCCGUCAAAGCUCUGUUGGGCGGCGGAGCCAAGUGUGAUAUCAUCGGAGGCAGCGGCUACGCCAUCCACGCUGCCAUGAAGUACAACGAGAAGGGGUGUGCGGAGGAGAUCCUCAAAGCAGACCCAGGCCAGCUCCAGGCUGAGGAUUCUGUAUAUGGUGGGACGCCUCUCCACUGGGCCAAAACUGCCGAGAUGUGUCGUUUGCUGCUGGAGCAUGGCUGUAUGGUGAAUUAUCUCAGUAAGACCGGAGAGAGCGCCCUCCACAUUCUGACCAAGAAGGGCCGCUUUGAGGCAGCCAUGGUGUUACUCACCCACGGAGCCAACGCCAACCUGAAGGGACAAGAUGGGAACACAGCUCUGCACCUCGCUAUGAAGAUGGACCACAUGGAGUUGAUCAAAGCUCUGAUUGUAUUUGGUGCUGAUGUGGAGAUCCACAACGACUUGGGAGAAACGCCUGGAUUGAUCGCUGCACGCACCAGCAAAGGUCCGAAUAGAAAGAUACUGCUGGACAUGCUGUGUAGUGUAGGGGUCCAGCGGUGCCUCCCCCCCUCCCCUGCCAGUCCUCCCCCCAUCUCCAACAAGGCCCCACCUCCAGGCAUAGGGUUUGAGGACAUCAUGUUCGUGGGGGCUGCAGUCACUGCAAUGAGCAGAGGCACAUCUGAAGUGGACGGGCCCAAAACGGGGAAAAGGAAGAUGGAAAGACUGCUGUGUCUGGAUGGUGGAGGUAUAAAAGGCCUGGUGCUGAUCCAGAUGCUGAUCGCUCUGGAGAGAGAGGCCGGUCGGCCCACCAGAGAGCUCUUCGACUGGGUGGCUGGCACAAGCACUGGGGGGAUUCUGGCCCUCGCUAUAAUCCACGGAAAGUCCAUGGAGUACCUUCGCUGCCUGUACUUCAGGAUGAAAGAGCAGGUGUUCAAAGGGUCACGACCCUAUGAAUCAGCACCACUGGAGGAUUUCCUGAAGAAAGAAUUCGGAGAGAACACCAAGAUGACAGAUGUCCAAUACCCCAGGGUGAUGGUGACCAGUGUUCUGGCUGACAGACAUCCAGGAGAACUGCACAUCUUCAGGAACUAUGACCCUCCCUCCGUCCACAGAGAGCCCCCGUAUGCCACCACGGCCACGUUCCAGCCUCUCACUGUCCCACAAGGAUGGGAGGAUGAGGAUGUGUUGAUAGUAGGAUACACAGUGGAGCCAACCAGAAAGCGUAGGAAGGUGACAGCUGAAGAACAACUUGUGUGGCGAGCUGCCCGCUCCAGUGGUGCUGCCCCCACCUACUUCCGACCGAUGGGCCGCUUUCUGGACGGAGGGCUAUUGGCCAACAACCCGACACUAGACGCCAUGUCAGAAAUCCAUCAGUACAACAAAGCCUUAAAAGCAGAGGGCCAUGGGACGGAGGUCAAGAAGCUGGGUAUAGUGGUCUCCCUUGGAACUGGUAAACCUCCUCAGGUGGUGGUGAGCUCUGUGGAUGUUUUCCGGCCUUCUAACCCUCUGGAGCUGGCCAAGAGCUUUGUAGGAGCCAAAGAGCUGGGCAAGAUGCUGGUGGACUGUUGUACAGAUUCUGAUGGCUGUGCAGUUGACAGAGCAAGAGCCUGGUGUGAAAUGAUCGACACCAUCUACCACAGAUUGAGCCCCCAGCUGUCUCAGGAGGUGAUGUUGGAUGAAGUGAGUGACGCAGUCCUGGUGGACAUGCUGUGGGAAACCCAAAUGUACCUUUAUGAGAAGAGAGAAGUCCUCCAAUCCCUGGCAAAAGUGCUAAUGGACAACUGAAAGCACAAGAAAAUCAUGAGGAAAGGCUAUGAAGAUGGGGCUAUAAGAGCAGAAAGGAAUGUGAAAGCAAAAUGGAGAAAAGGAGAGCAAAGGAGAGUCUUUUGAGUGGAGUCAAAGACAAGAGUGAUUGGAUGACGCACAAAGAUUAGUGAGCCACGUGUUUGAAUCGAAACUAUGAUGUCUGUGGCGGUGUGCUCUUUCUUUAAGACAAACCCCUUGAGCCGAUGUGACCACAGUGACUUUCAUAUUUACACUUAAAUGUCAGUACACGAUAGCAAAUGUAUAAAACAUGGCAGAGACUGAAAUCUAACAGGAAAACAACUGACAGGAUGUCGCCUAUUGGAAGACAAGUUAUGUAGCAUCUUAUGACCUUAUCACUGACCUUAUCAAGUUUAAUGUGUUUGUAUAUAAACCACUGAAUUAGAGUGUGGAGUUUCCCUCCUUUGGUAUGUGAAUACAGGGGAACUGUAGGAGGAAGUGGUUCCAACUAAAUCAUACUAAGAUCAGUAUACACUGUGACUGUGAUAGUGUCAGUUUACUGUCACCCUCUCCCUCUCUAUAGUGUUGCGUGAGAAGUUUUUGAAUCCAGUUCUCAUUGGUUGUGAUAAAACCAUAACGCCCUUCGUCAUUCUUCAUUUUGUUGUUCCUCUUUCUUUUUUUUUUUACCCAAGUAGCUGCAAAGACAAUGUACAGACAUAUUACUUAAGGCCAUAUCAGAAGGACCCUACAGUAGCACAACAAAAUCUGCAAUAUACUGUAACACAGCUUGGACGAUGGUGAUGAUGAACCAGAUCUGCCUUAUGUGUCUGGGGCCCAAAUUUGUACUGUUUUCUUUCAUUCACAUCACACUGUCAUGCCUUUUUAUAGGUUAUUUAGACUGACUUUAAACAUAACCUCACUCCCAUUGCUAACUUGCUUGCACACUGUACACUUGUUACAACCUUUCAUAAAGGUAUCUUGAACAAAUAUUUAACAUGUACUUGUACAACUGGAAUUAUACACUUGAAUUAUAAACUUACUUGAAAGACAAAGAAACAAUACUGCACUGGUGUUUGUACAACCUAAACUAGAAGUAACAAAUUAUUUACAUAUGUUUUUUUUUGUAUAUGGAUUAAUUACUGAAGUGUAUACUGGUAUGGUAAUAAAAUAUAUUAAUAUGGACUUCA